ACUUAUAAACAUUGUUUUCCAAGAAGCAAAAACUUUUUGGUCGAUAGUGUCGAUUAAAUCAGCAAACAAUUUUAUUUACCCCUAUAUAAAAUAACAUUACUUUGAUUUAAUGGGUAACGAAUAAUUUAAUGACAUAUAAAUGCGAAAUAACAACACUAAUCAAGUAAAAUUGAACUUAAUUUAAAAAACCUAUAAAAUGAUACAGAUCAAAUGAGUCGCCAAUUUCCAAAUAAUCUCCACGAAAUGUAUACUAAUACAAUUAUCCAAAAUCAGUUAUAUAAAGGAAGCUGUUUGAUGACUUGUAUCAAAGUACUGUAUGAUCAAUAAACAUUCAGAUUUGAAGUGUCAGUUCAAAUGGUUUAAGUCUCUUCAAAGUGAAUCCUCAAAAGUUAAUUUCCUUUGACCUUCUGAACUUGCAUCACUUCAACAAAGAGGUGCUAAUGGACCAACAAUGAUACAUUAAUACCAACUUUAAUCUUAGUUUUGAAGUUAGUAAACGAGGAGGUACAAAUACAACUCCCCAGCUCAAUGCCAUUACUAACAGAGAGCAAGAGAAGGGACAUACAUGCCAACAUCAGCUCCCGUGGACUGCACUGGAGAAAACAUGGCAAGUCAGAAGUUUUCAAACUUCUCUAUUGAUUUCAUCCUGAGCGACACGAGCAAUCAAACACCCACAGAGGAUCAUCCAUCAUCUCCGCGGGAUUUCCCAGGGCACGUAACCAAACUGGAUCAGCUCUAUCAGGAUGAAUGUGGAGUUCAGCAUGCGGCCCUGAUGAUGAACCAUCACCCAUCAGCAUCAUCAUCCUGGACGGGCAUGUACAGCUGCUGUAGCCCGGUCUCAUAUUAUCAAAUGACCUUCAAUUCCAACUACUACACGGGUCAGCAGUGGCCCUUUAACACAUCAGGUGACCCAGUUGAGCAUCAGUGUCACCGAAACGCAUCUCAGCGUCAGCGCAAUCGAGUACGCACUGUAUUCACAGACAACCAGACGCAACAACUCGAGCGAUUAUUCGCCAUCACCGACUACCCGACCGUAGAUGCCCGGGCGGAAUUAGCCAAAAGUUCCGGCCUCACCGAGGAGAUUGUACGGGUAAGAAUGAGCUCGUUACAUUUAAUAAAAUUAUUUGUAUUGACGUUUCCAUCUAAAAAAAAUCCUAAAUCAAUUUUUUUCUGUAUUUUAGGUGUGGUUCAAAAAUCGACGCGCACGAAGAAAAAGACAAUCGACCUGCAAAAACGCAAAGCCCUCUCCGGAUCACACACACGACUCAGAUUAAUUUAUUAUUAAACACUGACUUAUUUGUAUUUUGAACAUUGUUAAGACACUUUAAUUUGUAAACAGACAGACGGAUUUUUUUCUAUUAAACAUUUAAAAACUUGAGAUUCAUGUACUUUUUUACAAUAAAUUAUUGAUAGCAAUUUUUUGUUCCCGUCGAGAUGUUAUUUUAUAGUUGCAAAAUUAACC